ACUGAACAUACAUUGUACAUCCGAGUGCAUUGAAUGGAUGCUAUCGAUUAGUGGGGUUACCUGGUCUAACGGUUGGUGUUCGCAAUCUGUAAAGUACAAUACAAUACCAGGUACCUAGAAACACUGGAACCUGUACAAUACAUCUCUUUUCAAUUUCAAAGGACGUUCAACUCGUCCCGAUAUCCCGCUAAUAUCCUACAUGGCAGCCCACGAGGAUGAAGAUGCGUCCUACGUCGAUUACGAUACCUUUCUCGACCCGGACUUCAGCCCCUCUUCUUUCGCUAAUAGCCUUGUUCUCGCUACAAAUAACCCCAACGAUACUCCCUUAGACCUGUCGACGCCGUUAUCUAAAGUGCUUUUCGAUGCCCAAGAGGUUGAUUCUCAUAUCGACCUUCUUACUACCCGGUCCGCGAUCCCGCUUUUAACCUAUACCAAAGAACAGACAGAAGCGAGUGGAAAGAUAAUAUCUGAAAUUGACAACCAGGUCAAGAGCUUAAACGAGAGCUAUAAACAGCUAGAAAAAGAGGUUAUACAAAAACAUGCCGAAGCUGAUGAAGUACGCCAAGUUGCUGCCAGAUUAUGGGAAACCUUGAAGCUGGGAAGGUCUGUCGGUCGCUGUCUUCAACUAGGUCGCCAGCUUGAGAUCCAACAUUCCGAAAUAUCUAGCUCAGCAUCAGCUACUACGACGACUAGCAGCAGCAAAAAAGAGGAUCAUAGAGCGCUAGUACGCUGCGCACAUACCAUCUUAUCAUUACGGGAGAUCCUCGACAAGAAAGAACCCGGGGAAGAAGGUUGCGGUCUCGAUAGGGUCAACGCGAUCAAGAGUUUACAGGACAACGUCAUAACGCCGAUCGAAAGAUCGGUUAAAAACACCUCGGAACAGAUCGUAAGAGAGUUCAGCAUCGGUUCCGCUUCGGGAACAGCUACUUUUGCGCAGAGUGAGGAGGUCAAGGCUCGAACGAUAUCUGCUGCUAUCACUCUUUACCUUAUAUCGCCCAUUACCGGCGCGAAACCUGAUAAAUGGACGCCUCAGCUACUCCUACAAAUCCUCGAGAUAUAUCUGCGCAACGCGUUACAGAGUUCUAUCACAUCUCUGGCGAGGUCACUUGCGACGCUACCGUCGCUAGACAGGACAUUGGCCGAAAUCUCUUCGAGAUGCCAAAACAUAAUCGCCCUAGAGAUGACACUUGCUUCAACAAAUGCGCCUGCGCAUCCACUUCUGCCGGCGCAUAAGCACGCAUCCGACAAAUCCAACCUUCUACAGCCCCUGCUGGCAUAUCUCGAGACUGGCUCGCUUGCAUCUUACUUUUGGAGGACUAUGGCAAGCAUCUUAGCAACACGGGUUCAAGAAAUUGUAAACCGCGGAGGCGUUUCAGCUCGUACAUUGAAGGCAAACCGCAACAGCGUAGGAGAAGCCAUCAGAGAAUGCGUUAUCCGGGGCACUCAGCCUCCUAGCACUGUGGCGGCCGCCAAGGGGAAGACCCCCAAAGGAGAGAACGAAAAAGGUGGCGGCGGGUGGGACCGCGAAGUAGCGGUGAUGGUUAGUAGUGUCGUUGGCAAUCUUGGUAGAUAAUACCAAUACGACAAUGUAUCGAGUCCAAGCUCCCUACCCCGUAGAAGCG